AUGGCUGACGACGAACGCCGUGCCAAGCGUUCUCGCUUCGAUCAGACCGAGCCUGAACCGCGACGAGCAUCGCGGUUCGACCGUCGCUCUCGGUCUCCUUCGUCGCGCCAGCCGGAAAGCACUCGAACUCGCAGUCCCCUAAGUCGCGAACCCUAUAGCCCUGGCGGCGAUGACUCCAGGAAAUCGGGGUCCGUGGAUCCUGCAGCCGCAGCAGCUGCUGCUGCCGCAAAGAUCAACGCCCAGUUGCAGGCGAAGAAAGGAAUCCAGCAUGUCGACGUCCCUCCCAUCCGCUCGACCGAGAGUCCUGCGCCAACCUCCGGUUCCCCCUCUGCUACCGAGGCAUCGAAGAAGCUGAACCCAGAAAUCUACGUGGCCGACGGCGACUACAUCAAAGAUAUUGAGAUCAAUGACUUGCGCAAUCGCUAUACCUUGACCAAGGGCUCUACACAGAAGAUGAUCAAGGACGAAACUGGCGCCGAUGUCACUACUCGAGGAAGCUACUAUCCCGAUAAGAGCAUGGCCACAGCCGCGAACCCGCCGUUGUACCUCCACGUCACGAGCACGAGCAAAGAGGGCCUCGAAAAAGCCGUGGGAUUGAUCGACGAUUUGAUGAAGAAGGAGCUCCCAAAUCUCGUUGACGAGCGACGCUUCCGUCGGCGGGAGCCCGAGCCAGUUGAGCGUGAUGAAUACGGCCGUCGUAAAUGGCCCGAGGAACGUAUUCCGGUCGAUCUUGAGCCCAUUCCGGGGUUCAACCUCCGCGCUCAGGUCGUGGGCCAAGGCGGCGCAUAUGUCAAGCAUAUCCAGCAGAAGACCCGUUGCAAGGUGCAGAUCAAGGGCCGUGGCUCUGGUUUUUUGGAGCCCAAUACUGGCCGAGAGAGCGAUGAGCCCAUGUUCUUGCACGUAGCUGGUCCUGAUCCGAACGACGUUCAGGCUGCCAAAGAACUUUGUGAGGAUCUCCUAGGCAACGUCCGGGAGCAGUAUCAGCGGUUCAAGGAAAAUCCCCCGCAGCACAACUACGGCGGCUACGGUCAACGCGGAGAUCGUUAUUAUGGCGGUGGCUAUGGCGGAGGUGGUGGGGGCGGCAGUGGUGGUGGUGGUGGGUAUAACAACCACCAUAAUCAGCACCACUCAAACUCGCCGUCUGCCACAGCUAGUCCUGCCCAGCCCGCGUCGGCAACCUCAGGUGCCGCUGGCGCUGGCAGCCCGACUGAUUACAGCGCACAGUACGCGCAGUAUUACGGGUCCGACCCCUAUGCGGCCUACGGCGGCUAUCAGAACUACGUUGCCUACUAUCAGUACUACCAGCAGCAGGCUGCUCAGCAACAGCAACAAUCCGCCCAGUCGCAGAGCCCUGCUCCUCCCCCACCUCCUCCGGCCAGCGAGGCUCCACCACCCCCUCCCCCUGGCUCCGGUUCUCCUCCCCCGCCUCCUCCUGGCGGUGGCAGCUACAGUGCUGUAAGUCGUCCUUUGGUGUCUAUCUAUGAUCGUCUGCUCACUAUGUGA